CUUGCCGGACCUGUCUCUAGACCUGUCUGACGCGACUGACUGGCAAGCAGGCCUGCUGAGGACCGUCCGGCACCAUUUGGACAUCACUGCGGUUGCGACUGAACCCCUCUCCGGCCUUUUCGCAGUUGGCACUGCACGCGGGCGCAUACAUUUGUACGGCUCGCCUGGCGUGGAGUGUACGGUCGACAUUUCUGACCCUGCGGGACUUCGCGUCAAGUUCUUGCAAUCCGCGUCAUCUGUAUUUAAGUUACUCUGCAUCGAUGAGCACGAUCGGCUCUUCGUAUGGGACCUCGCAAACCUGGGUCGGCCAAAAUUGCAGAAGAUAGCUGCCUUUGGUCAACCAGUGCAUGCGAUCACCACUUCUCCAUCGCACACUCAUGCGUUCAUCGCACUGGCGAACGGAGAGGUCAAGACAUACGAUCUACUCUGCCUCCGGAUAUCCCAAUACGUGAUACCAAAUGUAUGGAAGGUCUACGAGGAGAGAUCUCUUGCUGGAGGGCCAUUGUCCGGGUCACCUACGUCGGACAUGAUCAUAGAUAUUGUGAUUCACCCUCGAGACCUGAACCUACUGUUCGUGGCAUAUGAGGGCGGUAUCAUUGUAGCCGACCUAAGAGAGCAGAAGCCUGUCAGGACUUUCGAGCUGACACUGUCUCCUGGAGCACCAGGUGGAACAGGCUAUCACUCCAAGGACAUCCUCCUACCCCGUCGUUCUCAGGUUACGGCCUUGGCCAUCCAUCCAUCUGGCCAUCUUCUCGCCGUGGGCUAUGCCGACGGGACGAUUGGCUUCUGGUCUCUUGAGGAUGAAGACAAGCCUCUACUCCUGCGAAGCAUCGACAGUCCAGAUACAGAGGACCUAAGCUUGGUCGACACCGCCGUCCUCGAGUCCGUUAUGUCUGCUGCUAACCAGCAUCCGCCGGAGCCUCCUCGUGAACCCAUUUUCAAGCUUGCCUGGAGCGGCUUCCCUAACUCAUCCGACCCUCGCGGAGGCGAUACAGUCCUCACUGUUCUUGGCGGUUCGACGAUCGACGCUACUCCUGGUGUGACCACUUUGCUUCUGCAUCCCCUGCAGCCUCCAGCGCCUCCCACAGCAGCCUCACCUAAAGCCCAAAGCUUCACCCAAGGGUUGCAUCCCGACGUGCGCGCCGCAAUGUGCGACUCGCUCAGAGUGAAGAAUGCGCAUACAUACAAUGCUUCGGGACCGGUCCAAGAUUUCCUCCUGUUCCCUCGCUUGACACCGCACUUUUCUGGGACCUAUGAUCCUAGUGCGAUCCUGCUUGUGUCUGACAGCGACGCUCCGGAAGCGCGUGUAUGUGAAGCGUUCGAUUUCCCGCCACCUGAGUUCGUCGAGUCCGGGCCUCCUGAGACCCCCUCUGAACUCAAGGACGACCCCACCCAAGGAUACCCCGAAGAUGGGACUGAGCCAGACUAUGGCUUGGCGAAGGAACUGGCCAAGACGCUUCAGUCGAUGUCAUUAUCGGACGAUCCUUGGCCAGCAAGGCUGCCUCCGUACCUCUGGAGCGCCAUCGGAGAGUAUCUUGUCAAGGUUGACAAGCACGCGUACGAGACCCUCGUACGUGACAAGCAUGGGUCUAUCGAGGGUGAGGUCCCGUUCCCGAUGCGUGGCGGAAUGGCGUGGUCGGAGGAUGCCGACGGUCUUAUGAAGUAUACCAAGCAACAACCCCAUAGGAUCUUGAUAUCGCGUCUUCGGGACCUCUCGAUCCGCUUCUCGGAUGUGAGCUCCCAGCUUCUCGUCAGUAACGGUCAAGAUACCCCUCUCGCGUCGAGUCUCCCUUCGCCCAUCCCGCCCCUCACCAUCGAGCUCGCCCCCAUUCUCAUCGACCGCUCUCUCGGCCUGUCAGCAGCCACUGACUAUGACCUCCGCUCGAACAAAGACCGCGUGGAUGCCGUCUAUUUUGCACCCGAAUCCCUUGAGUGUGCCACAAUUCUCCGGAGCCAGGCAGUCGUCCUGCAUAGACUAGACAUUCCCGCGGACGACACGACCUUUACUCAGAAGAUACUCGAGGACGAAGAGCUGGUUUCAUUGUCACAUCUUCGUGUCCGCAAAGGGUUGCGCUAUCGCCCGGUGUUUGCUGUGCGACCGGAUGCCAGGCGCGGGCCGGUGACCGCUUGUGCGCUCUCGGACGUCGGGUUCCUCGCCGUCGCAUACACCUCUGGGCAGCUGCUCAUCAUCGAUCUGCGGGGACCGCGCGUGAUCCUCCGGAGCGACUCGCACGCCCAUGGCGGCGGAAGCUUCCUGCAGCGACACGCAGAGCAUGAGCCCAUUCUGUCGCUCACUUGGACGUGCUGUGCCUUGGAUACUGACCCCGAGGUCCGCAUCCGCCUCAUCGGCACUGCGGCCUCUGGCCAGACGUCUAUCUACACCCUGGAGCAUAAGGCGCCAAGCACUUGGAUAGUAGAGCACCCACCGGCGGUCGUCGAAGGUUCCGCACGUCCAGUAUCUGGAGGUUCGGUCGUCCUCGAUGCAAAGUCGGGCGCGAGACGUCCCGCCAAUCGUACUGGGUUGGCCUCCGUCCUCCAGAAGGACGAGGCUUUUGGUGCGGAUCCGUCUCCGAAAUACAUUUGGGUCUGCGCAGGUGCGAAGAGCGUACGGACCCUGCUCGACGUCAAUGGGGAGCGUAUUGCAAAGGUGGAGUGGGGAAGCAAGGUCGGGACGAUCGAGCACGUCGAGGUUGUAGGUCGACUCGAUUCGUGUGCUUUGGUCGCAUACACAAGCCGCGGUCAAGGGCUAAUUUACUCUCUGCCACACCUAGAACUUAUCCACACGCUCGAGCUGCAGACAUCCGCGUUGACAGAGCCUCCGAGUACUGACGACACUGGCGACUACAUUACCCAUACCGCAUUCCCGGUCCCUGCCGGGUCGUCCUUCCGUCCGCUCCUCACCACCGAGAUCCGCACACUCUUCAACUCCAGGCGCGCAGCUCCGUAUGAGCUGCCCCUCGUCGACCUCACCCGAGGCCGAGGCUCGGUACCCGCUCAGCCCCAGCCCGUCUCACUCGGGCCACCGUCCGUCAUGAGUUCUGUGCUGGGGUACAUCGGCUCUCUGACGGUCGCGAGUGCCGGCGACCAGAUCGAUGCUCUAUUGGCCGGGCCUGAUAGGCCCAUCCCUAAGCCUCACAGCAAGCUAGCGGAACGCCCUCGUGCGAACAGUCCGGAGGCCGGGUCUACUAGCCCUGCUCAGACAUCAGUCUCCGCAAAGGCGUCAGAGAUGUCGAGUGGUGUGGGUGAUCUUUACAAUCGCCUAGGUACUGCGCUCCAGGAAAGAGGUGAGAUGCUUGGGGAUCUCCAGCAGAGUCUGGACUCGUUGGAGCAAGGAAGCAAGAACAUGGUAGCCCAAGCUAAAAACCUAGCAGCGCAACAAACUGCGAAGCGAUGGUUCGGUUUCUGACACGAGCGCAGUUGCAUGUCGACAUUUCUCGAAUAUCGACUCGUUGUACGAAUAUCCGCGCAUUGUCACAAUCUAUCACAACCCUAGUGAAGUGUCACUUCGCAUGCGCUUGCCAGAUACUACUUCGGUAUUUCCUUGGAGGUGAACAUGUUAGUGAUGUUCACAGUGAGCUUCUUGCGGUGCUCGUUGAGCAUGCCCAGGAA